GCUUGAUCUCCAGGGACCACACGUGACCGUUCCGCUAUCCGCUUUCCCCGCACUGCGGAGAAGCUGCUAACCGAUCUGGUCAGGUGAUGCAAAGUAGUCUGCAGCGCUUCCUUCACUAGACGCACAUUCGGGCUGGCCUCGGAUAACUGCGGUUGCCAGGAGUCCCCGCGGGAGGCUCAGACGAUCGUGGUGUGGCCGGUAUAUAUACUCUUUCGCUGCUGAUUCUCUGUCUCCUGGUCUCCACUCAUACUUUCUUCCCUACAUUUUCGAACGGACGUCGCUAGGUUGUCACAAUGAGUCUUUCCUCUGGGUUAUCUCUUCCGUUACGACGGUUACACGCUUCUAAAUCGCUGUCUUCAGUUCUUCACACGCAGUCGCCAGUCUCGCUUUCGAGAGAUUUUUCGACGUCCCUGAAACGAGAUGCUAGCUGGGGGUUUAUUGGGUUAGGGCAGAUGGGAUACUGCAUGGCCAAGAACCUGCGGGCCAAGAUUCCUGCAACAGAUACGCUGGUUAUCCGUGAUGUGAACGAGGACGCUAUGAAGAGAUUCAUGGAGGAAGCACGCGAGACUGCGAAUAGUGCCGGUGCUGCGGAAGACACUUACAAGGUUGAAAUUGCAGGGUGUGCAAGAGAAGUGGCCGAGAAGUCGACGGUGACCAUUAGCAGCCUUCCGGAACCGCAGCACGUUAAGAACGUAUUCCACUCCAUUUUGAAACCUGGCGAUCUUCCAGCCCUCGAGAAAGAACGAUUGUUCAUCGACACAUCCACGAUUGAUCCGGUUUCAACCAAAGAAGUUGCCAAUGCAGUUCACACAGUGCGCGCAGGACGCUUCGUCGAUGCACCCAUGUCCGGAGGAGUGGUAGGGGCUCGUGCUGGUACGCUGUCUUUCAUGUUCGGCGCAUGCUCAACAAAUGCAGAGCUCGUAGAGCAGGUACAAUCGGUCUUGUUGUUGAUGGGAAAGAAAGCCUGGCACCUCGGUGGACCAGGAGCUGGUGUUUCAGGGAAACUCGCCAACAAUUACAUUUUAGGAAUAAAUAAUAUCGCUGCCGCAGAGGCCAUGAAUCUGGGAGUUCGUUGGGGUCUCGAUCCGAAGACACUUGCGGAUAUGAUCAACUCCUCUACAGGCCGUUGCUGGCCAACGGAAGUAAACAACCCUGUUCCCGGUGUUGUCGAGACUGCUGCAGCAUCGCGAGGAUACGAAGGUGGUUUCGGGGUCAGCUUGAUGCACAAGGACCUGCGUUUAGCGCUCACUGCUGCAAAGGAGUCUGGUACUCCGCUCGUUCUGGGUGACGAGGCCCAGAGAGUAUACAAUGAUGUCGAAGAAGCACACCGAGGGAAGGAUUUCUCAGUUGUAUACAAGUGGCUGCAGGAAAAAUCCCAAUAGUAUAAGUUACGAACUACGAAUAUUUUCAUUAUCUAACUAGUAUGGUCGAGUCACUUUUCUGUGUAUAGUACUUCGGGAUAGUAAAUAGUGAAUAAUGAACAAUGGAUAGCGACAUCUUCCACGUUCGCGAAG